UACCCGCGAGCGCGGCCUCCGCGGCGGCUCCGAGUCGGACUCUCUGCGCUGCCGUCGCCUCUGCCGCGACCCCGGCUCACACGCCUGCCGCCGCAGCUCGCCCCGCGGCCCCUCGCCUCUCCCCAGCCGGGUCGACCCGGGGGUGCACAGGGGGCAGGGCAGGCGCCCGGGCAAAGCCCGAGGGACGCACGCGCGAGGGCCCCUUUGUGGACUUCUCCGCCGCCAACAUCUGGGCGCAGCGCGGGCCACCGCUGGCCGUCGCGCCGCCGCCUCGCCUUGGGGACCGUAGGAGGCUCAGCCCCAAGGCCGGAGACUUCAGUUUGGAAUCAGCCCCCCGUGAUGCGGUAGCGGCCGCUGUGCGGAGGCCGCCGAGCAGCUGCAGCCGCCCCCGCGCAGAUCCACGCUGGCUCCGUGCGCCAUGGUCACCCACAGCAAGUUUCCCGCCGCCGGGAUGAGCCGCCCCCUGGACACCAGCCUGCGCCUCAAGACCUUCAGCUCCAAGAGCGAGUACCAGCUGGUGGUGAACGCAGUGCGCAAGCUGCAGGACAGCGGCUUCUACUGGAGCGCCGUGACGGGCGGCGAGGCGAACCUGCUGCUCAGCGCCGAGCCCGCCGGCACCUUCCUCAUCCGCGACAGCUCGGACCGGCGCCACUUCUUCACGCUCAGCGUCAAGACCCAGUCGGGGACCAAGAACCUGCGCAUCCAGUGCGAGGGGGGCAGUUUCUCUUUGCAGAGCGACCCCCGGAGCACGCAGCCCGUGCCCCGCUUCGACUGCGUGCUCAAGCUGGUGCAUCACUACAUGCCGCCCCCCGGCGCCCCCUCCUGCCCCUCUCCACCGACCGACCCCUCCUCCUCGCCCACCGCCGAGGGGCCAGAACAGCCGCCGGCCCAGCCUCUCCCGGGGAACGCCCCCAGGAGAGCCUAUUACAUCUACUCGGGGGGCGAGAAGAUCCCUCUGGUGCUGAGCAGGCCCCUCUCCUCCAACGUGGCCACUCUCCAACAUCUCUGUCGGAAGACCGUCAACGGCCACCUGGACUCCUACGAGAAAGUCACCCAGCUGCCCGGGCCCAUUCGGGAGUUCCUGGGCCAGUACGACGCUCCACUUUAAAGAGCGAAGGGCAGGGGUCGAGAGGGGCGAGGCCUGGGUCUCCCCUCCUCCGUGGCACACGGCAGAAGCACAAGAAUCCAGCCCGGAGAGUCCUGCGGCUCUGGGGGAGCCUGGGGGACGGACAGGCCCCGCCCUCGGGCCCUGCCCCCUGCCGCAAGGGGCAGAGCGGACUUGGAAUGUGUUUGAGGGAAGGGGAGUGUCACCUGAGCGCUCCUCCCCCACUCCAGACUCCCGGGAGGAGCCAGGGUGGCCCGAAGGGACCACAGCAGCGACUGCGGCGGAUUGAUUCUCCUCUCCUCUCUGCUUCCUCGACUCCCGCGCGCUUCCAGACCAGGGACGCUGCGGGAGUGCUGAACUAGUGAGAACUGCUGGGGAAUCCGCAAACUUUCCAGCGGAACUUGUUUGCUCUUUGAUUUGGUUUUAAACAUGGCUUUAACCCUGAGCAAGUCUCAGGCCUGGGAAAGGGGGGGACGAGAGAGAGGGCGCCUCAGGGGCCCCCCGGGGCUGCAGGUUGGCCGAGGAAAUAGCCUCUCCCAGCGCCCAGCCCAGGUGAGGAGGGUGGCCACGGGCACCUCCCCUGGUUCUGGGAGAAGGCCAAGGGGUGACCUGAAGGGGACCAUUCUGCCCCCUCCCCCUUGGGACAGCCACCAGGAAACACAGGCCCCGUAGAGUCUGUUGAGAGCCCAGGACCCUUGUCCCGUUUUAAGGGGGAAGGGGCAUUUGGAAAGGAGAUAGACAGGCCGGUCACUUCUUCCCUCACUCGGGCUCUACCUCCCAGUACCUGGGGGUUGGGGGCGGGGAGUGGAGGAGAUGAGUCAUCUCUGACCUCUGACCCCUGACCCCAGCCAGAGAAGAUGGAGGGUUCUCCCUUGCGCCUCCUGUGUCUGGCUGGGAGAUUUGCCUUAAAUGCUCCCUGUCCCAUGGAUGGGGACUGGCACAUGAGAAGCCACACACUCUGCCGGUCCAGGCAGAGGCCCCGGGGCUCCCAGAGGACCGGCAGCUGGCCGCCCACCCACCGUGGGAGGUGGGUGCAGAGAGGGACGACCCUGCCUGCCCGCCAGGCACUGGGAGGGUGCCAGCCCAGUUGGUGCUGGGCUGCCGCAGGUGCCUCAGGGUGCCUCGGCUCUGGCCGCAGCACAGCCACCAGGUCCCACACCCCCCAGGCCCUGCACAGGGCUCCCUCCUUACCUGGCUGGGGGGCAUAUGCAGGGAGUCAUGGAGAGGCCAGGGCCCUGGGCCCCUGGAGGCCUCAGCUCGGCAAUAGCACUGACCAGUGAAAACUUACAGGAAUGUAGCGGGAUGGGAUUGCCUGGAAUCGUCUUUUUGGGUGGGGGGCAACUAAACACAAAGUUUUCUGUGUCAGGUAUCGUCUGGACCGGGCAGCUGUGUGUUGGGGGUGUUUUUAUUUUCUGUUACUUUGUUUUGUUUUUUAAUGAUGUUUACAAUCUGCCUCAAUCGCCCUGUCUUUUAUAAAGAUUCCACCUCCAGCCCUCUCCCCUCCCCCCACUCAGGCCUUCAAGGCUGUUAGGAGAUGCUUGAAGAACUCAACGAAAUACCAAUCCACGUCAAACUUUGCACAUAUUUAUAUUUAUAUUCAGAAAGAAACAUUUCAGUAAUUUAUAAUAAAGAGCACUAUUUUUUAAUGAAAA